AUGAUCAAUGCAUCAUACUGCAUAACUCAGAGGAUGCAGUGGCAUAGUGGCUUAAUGAGUCCUAUGCCUGUUGCUGUGUCUAAACUGGGAACACCGGUCUUCACAAGUGUAACUCUGGCCCCGCAGCGAGUCGUCCCCAGUGAGCUGGCCAUGGCGGAUUGUCCUGUGGCUAGCUGGCUGUGGCUUCCCCCCCCCCCCCCGCCUCCCCCGCCGGGGCGAAGGAGGUGGUGGCUGCUUCUCCUCUUCAUCAUGCUCGCCUUGUGGCUUUGCAUGGUCUACUCUUGCGUCGCCGGAUCGUGCGCCUCGGCCACGCCGGGGCUGGUGCUGCUGGGCUCUUCGCCCUCUGCUCGGAAGGCGCCCGGUCCGGAACUCGGCCAGCUGCUGCUACCACCAUCCCGGACGGCCAAGAUCCAGCUGAGAGCGGAUCCGGAGAACGACGAAGACGAAGACGACGAAGAGUUGGGGGGCGGCAGCAACAACAACAACAACGGAGUGGCCCCGGAUUCCCCCAGCUUCCUUUCCAGUUUCCUGAAUGGCUCUGGGACGAAGCGGCUACCCCAGGCAGUGAUAAUCGGCGUGAAGAAGGGUGGGACUCGGGCGUUGCUCGAGUUCCUGCGGGUCCACCCGGACGUGCGGGCGGUGGGCGCCGAGCCUCACUUUUUUGACCGCAACUACGAGCGAGGACUCACCUGGUACAGGGAACUGAUGCCAAGAACUCUCGAUGGCCAGAUCACCAUGGAGAAGACGCCCAGCUACUUUGUCACUAAGGAAGCACCAGCUCGGAUCUCCUCUAUGUCAAAGGACACCAAGCUCAUUGUGGUGGUGAGGGACCCGGUCACUCGAGCCAUUUCUGACUACACACAAACCCUUUCCAAGAAGCCAGACAUCCCAUCCUUUGAGAACCUGACCUUCAAAAACAGGACUACGGGUUUGAUCGAUACCUCCUGGAGUGCCAUCCAGAUUGGCAUUUAUGCCAAGCAUUUGGAAAAUUGGCUCCUGUACUUCCCACUUGGGCAAAUCCUUUUUGUCAGUGGGGAGAGACUAAUCAGUGAUCCAGCAGGUGAGUUGGGCCGUGUCCAAGACUUUCUGGGCCUCAAGAGGAUCGUCACAGACAAACAUUUCUACUUCAACAAAACCAAGGGGUUCCCAUGCCUGAAAAAGGCAGAAGGCAGCAGCAAGCCCCACUGCCUGGGCAAGACGAAAGGACGGACCCACCCCAAUAUUGACCAGAAAGUAGUACAAAGGCUGCGAGAAUUCUAUCGGCCGUUCAACAUGAAGUUCUACCAGAUGACUGGCCAUGACUUUGGCUGGGAUUGACGGCACUUCCCAGAGUUGAUCCUAUCUUUCAGCUUCCUUUCCCCCUAUACAUGUAGAUAGGUCUAUAUGUAA